UGAUGCGUUGUGUCAUAUAAAUUUCCUAUAAACCAUUUUGAUUUUCUGCAUUUUUUCAAUUCAUUCAUAUAUGCAAGAAAACAAUUCUGCUAUGGAUGAAUUGAAUAAGCAGCAGAAUUAUUCUUAUUCUUAUCAUCCUCUACCUUGUUCAGAUUCCAAUGUUGAUCAAAUUAAUAAUGAACAUAACAUAUCAGCAGAAGAAGAUUGUCACAAAAACAAGGUUUAUCAUCUCAAUAAAUAUGCACUUGCUGGUGCUAUUUUGGCUUCCACAAAUUCAAUUCUCUUAGGCUAUGAUAUUGGUGUGAUGAGUGGUGCUGUUAUAUACAUAAGAAAAGAUUUGAAAAUAUCAUCAGUUCAAGUUGAAAUUCUAGUAGGAUGUUUGAAUGUUUGUUCAUUGAUUGGAUCAUUGGUAUCAGGGAAAAUUUCUGAUAUGAUUGGAAGAAGAUAUACAAUAAUGAUUGCAGCAUUAACAUUUUUAAUAGGUGCAUUAUUAAUGGGAUUAGCACCAUCAUUUACAUUCUUAAUGUUUGGUCGUGUAAUAGCUGGCAUUGGUGUUGGUUUUUCUCUUAUGAUUUCACCUGUUUAUGUUGCUGAACUUUCACCUGAUCUUACAAGAGGAUUCUUAACUUCACUUCCUGAAGUUUUCAUAAGUUUUGGUAUUUUACUUGGUUAUGUAUCAAAUUAUGCUCUUUCUUCUCUUCCUAUUGGUUUGAAUUGGAGAAUCAUGCUUGGUAUUGCUGCAUUACCUGCAAUUCUUGUUGCACUUGGUGUUUUAGCUAUGCCUGAAUCUCCUAGAUGGCUUGUAAUGAAAGGUAAACUUGAAGAAGCGAAACAAGUUUUGAUUAGAACAUCGUCGAAUAAAGGUGAAGCUGAAUUUAGACUUUCAGAAAUUUCACAAGCUGCUACAAAUUCUAGUACUUCUUCUAGGCAUGGACAAGGGGUAUGGAAAGAAUUGCUAAUUACACCGACACGUCCUGUACUAAGGAUUCUUAUAGCAGCAGUUGGUAUUAAUUUUUUCAUGCAAGCGUCUGGAAAUGAUGCUGUUAUAUAUUACAGUCCUGAAGUGUUUAGAGAAGCUGGAGUUAAAGGUGAGAAGCAACUUUUUGGUGUCACAAUCAUUAUGGGAAUAGCAAAGACAUGUUUUGUUCUAUUUUCAGCAUUGGUAUUAGACAGAUUUGGAAGAAGGCCCAUGUUGUUGUUGGGCUCAUCAGGUAUGGCAGUGUCCUUAUUUGGGCUUGGAAUGGGAUGUACUUUACUUCACAAUUCAGAUGAAAAGCCCAUGUGGGCUAUUGCUUUGUGUGUGGUUGCUGUUUGUGCUGCUGUUUCAUUUUUUUCUAUUGGGCUUGGGCCUACAACAUGGGUCUAUUCAUCAGAAAUUUUUCCUAUGAGGUUAAGGGCACAAGGGACAAGUUUGGCAAUUUCUGUUAACCGUUUGAUUAGUGGUGUAGUGUCUAUGUCUUUUCUUAGUAUCUCAGAGGAAAUCACUUUUGGAGGCAUGUUUUUUGUGCUUGCUGGUGUAAUGGUUUUAGCUACACUUUUCUUUUAUUAUUUUUUACCAGAAACUAAAGGUAAAAGCUUAGAGGAGAUUGAAGCUUUGUUUGAAGAGGAGUUAAGUUGAAAUCUCGAAACAAAAUUCCCUAGAAUUGCCAACAUUCUUAUUUUGAAAUCUGCAUCGUCUGAUCUCGAUUCAACAGUCACUUUUUCGGUGACUAUGUGAAUGUGAAAUUUUGGCUACCGAGGGAAUACCGAUUCUUGAAUUUCAUAGUAAGCUUAAGAAUGGUAGAAUUAGUUUUAUUGCUGUGAAAGGAAUAGACAUGUAAAUGCAAUUUUUGAUUUUUUAAGUUUGAUACAUUGUUUUGGCUGCUAAGGCAAGAAAUUGGAUUGGUUUGAUACAUUGGACCACAUGGAUUGCUUGGAAUUUGGUGCUUCCAUAUUUCAAUACAUGAAUUUUUCCUUGUGAGUGUGUAUAUACAAUAAAGUCUUUAUAAUUUAUGUUUCUGAUGCAAGUGGAUUCUUAUUUCA